CACAAAUUCAAAACAACAAACCUGUGCUGUCAGGGCUGACGGCUCCGCGAAGGAGAGCAACAACAAAUCCAGCAGCUAGUACUAGCUAGAAACUUUUCUACAGUCAUUUAGGAUGCCCGACUGGAGUAUCUGGCUAACUUAGCUAGACUACCUCCGUAACUAGCUAGAGCUUGCUAGUGAACGCUCGUCAAGCUCCAGACAGCUAACACAAUCAAGAAUGGACACAUAUGGCACCGAGAAACAGAACUGUCAACAUAAAGACCACACUACAGAGAACCAACUGGACACAAGAAAGACAGGAUGCCGGACGUUUCUCCUCCUGGCCUCGGUGGUGGCCGCGGUCAGCGGCUUCAUGCUGGGGUACGAGAUGGCCCUAAUUUCGGGGGCCCUCCUGCAGCUGAGGGAGGUCCUCUCGCUCACGUGCCAGAGGCAGGAGAUGGCGGUGAGCUCGCUCCUCUUCGGGGGCCUCCUCAUGUCCCUGGUGGGGGGCUUCGUGGUGGACCACUACGGGCGCAAGUGCUCCGUCAUCCUCAGCGCCUGGGCGGUGGUGGCGGGCACCUUCGCGGUGAUCGUGUUCCCCUCCUACCCGGUGCUCAUCGCCGGGCGCGCCGUGCUGGGCAUGGCGGUGGCGCUGUCCUGCACGGCCUCCUGCCUCUACAUCGCCGAGAUCGCGCCCAAGGACAUGCGGGGGCUGCUGGUGUCCCUGUACGAGCUCAUGGUGGUCAUCGGCGUGCUGCUGGGCUUCGGCUUCAGCUACGCCUUCGCCGCGGUCCCCGGCGGGUGGAAGUACAUGUUCGUGGUGGUGGUACCGCCGGCAUUGCUCCAGGCGCUCACCAUGCUCCUCCUGCCCGUCAGCCCGCGCUUCCUGAUGAAGAAGGGCAAGUUCCUGGAGGCCCAGCGGGUGCUGGCCCGGCUCAGGUCCUGCUCGGCGGACGAGGAGCUCCAGAGCAUGCAGGACUCGGUGACGGAGGAGAGCCAGUCCAGCUUCCUGGACCUGUUCAGGGGCAAGGACAACGUGAGGAUGAGGCUGAUGAUCGGGGUGGCGCUGGUCUUCUUCCAGCAGGUCACCGGCCAGCCCAACGUCCUCUUCUACGCCUCCACCGUCCUGAAGUCGGUUGGUUUCCACAGCAACCAGGCCGCCACGCUGGCAUCCACAGGCUUGGGCUUGGUGAAGGUGGUGGCGACUGUUCCCGCCGUCCUGUUGGUGGACCGGGUGGGCAGCAAGGCCUUCCUGUGCGUGGGGUCGGUGAUUAUGGUGCUUUCGCUGACCGCCCUGGGGGUGGUGACCCUUCACAGUCACGCCACCAUGACCAGCCUCUGCCAGAGCCCCCUUCCAGGGGGUGUCAACCACACGGCCUGGUCCCAAAACGUCUCCGCGACCUCCCUGGACUUCAGGGUGGGCAUCCUCGAGUUCCCGCCACCCGCCUCCGACGGCCUCAACCUCUCCAACACCACCGGUGGGUGGAUGACCACGGGGAGGUGGGGGCAGGAGGGUGGAGAAAACGUCGUCAAGGUUCCCGAAGCAAGCCACGGCGGGCCGUCCAGUGCCUUGAAGUGGCUCUCUCUCGUCUCCCUGCUCGUCUACGUCACGGCCUUCUCCAUAAGCCUUGGACCAAUGGUCUACGUGAUCGUGUGCGAGAUCUUCCCGCUGGGCAUCCGUGGGAAGGCGGUGUCCGUGGUCUCGGCCGUGAACUGGGGCACCAACCUCGUCAUUUCGCUGACGUUCCUCACCGUGACCGACAAGAUCGGCCUUCCGAAUGUCAUGUUCACGUAUGCUGCGAUGAGCUUUGCUCUCCUGGUCUUUGUGAUUCUAUACAUACCCGAGACUAAAGGGAGGUCCCUGGAACAGAUCUCAAAGGAACUGGCCAAGAAAAACCACCUUGAAGACAGGAUAUGCUACAGGGUGAAGCCAAAAACAGAAAUCUUAAUCUUGAUGAGACCAGAGGAGGAGAACGGGACAAAGAAAGAAUGUAUACCUCAGAACUGAACCUAAUUUAGGAACCUGCACAAUAAUAAUAAUAAUAAUAAUAAUAAUAAUAAUAAUAGAUUUUUUUUUUCAUAAGAUAUGUUAUUUUAGCUUCUCUGGGAUACAGUAAACAGCGAGGUGUUUUCUGAAGACCGAAGUCAGAAUACUUGAAAAAAAAAAAAAAAAAACAUAUCAGCCAUUUCCUGUACGUCCACACGCGGUAUCGUGGCGCGUGGGAGACCAGAACGUUCCGCAUCAGUUCGCAGGACCCGAACAGCUUCAGCGAACCGCCAGCUGUACAAAGAGACUGUGCGCAGAACGUCUGCUACGUUCACAAAAUGGCCGACUUCUCCGCUUGACUCAUCUGAACAUACCAUUAGCAUUACCUGCCACCGGCUGCUCAAUCUAGUGCAGCCAUCUUGGCUCCUGACUAAUCGACUGAUUUACUUGGGCACUUACCGCCAGGGCCGAGGAACAACAGAAACCCAGGAGGCCCCGCGCCCCGGCCAGACCAGGACUCGCUGCUCUCGUAGAUGUUGACGGUACAGAAUAUAUCGCAGGUCUGUAACCCUGGUCCUGAAGAGCACCAUGAUCUGCUGGCUUUUGCUUCCACAUUAAAAUCAACACCCAAAUUCAGACCCAAGUAGCCAGAUGAGGCGAGCUAACUGUAUAACCAAAAACUUACAAUGAUUCAGCGGAGAGUGACAAGGAAAACCAGCAGAGCCUGUGGCCCUCCAGGACCGGGCGUACAGACCCCUAGUAUAAUAGUUUUGGUUUAUUUGCCCACAGCAGUGUGAGCUCAACACCAAAGGUGUCAAAUUCUAGACCUGGAGGGCCUCAGUGUCUGCAGGUGCUGUAUGCGCUUCUUCCAACGCAUUCGAUUGUUCAGCCAAUCAACCGUCUUAAAUGAAUCGCUAGUGCUGAAACGCCACUGUGGCCAUCCAGGACAGGAUUAUGACACUUCUGCUUCAUACAAUUAAACAUGUUGGGGCGACAAUGGCUCAGGUGAUAAGAGCAGUCGUCUGGCAGUCGGAGGAUUGCUGGUUUGAAUCCCACCCUGGGUGUGUCGGAAGUGUUCUUCAGCAAGACACCUAACCCCCAAAUGCUCCCGACGAGCUGGUCGGCACCUUGCAUGGCAGCCAAUCGCCGUUGGUGUGUGCGAGUGUGUGCAUGAAUGGGUGAAUGAGAAGCAUCACUUGUACAGCGCUUUGGAUAAAGGCGCUAUAUAAAUGCCAACCAUUUACAUGUUAAAUGAUUAUAAGAAUUGUGCUUCACUAAAAUGUGGUGGACAUUGCUGAUGCUAAGACACUUCAGCGAUGAGCGGUUUGUUGUCAUGACGAGGAGAAGGGACUCUCCACCCAUCCUCGUAAAGAUAGCGAUUCAGUAUGAGGCCUUUAGUACAUACACCUUUUGUUUAGUUUUGUUGUAUUAAAGAGUUCUGACGUACAAGGAUAAUUUUGCCAUUAUAAAGAACCGUCGUUUCUUUGUUUCCGUGAAGUGCACUGCAUCAUGCAAAUGUGUGCAGCAGUUGCCCUGGAGUUUGUGCGGUCACCUGACCUCUGUCAUUGUGAACCGCGUGCCAAUUCAGAUCAACCUCUUCCUGAGUGUGAACAGCACAAUGGACAGCUGAUUACAGAUCUUUUCACUGGGAAGGUCGGGCUUAUUUAGGCUUGUAGCAUGUUGCUUUCUACAAUUUACAUGAACCAGCUCAACACGAGAACACUGGGUAGCGGACACGUAGCAUGCACUGGGCUAACUUGACAGCCGGCUCAAAUGGGCCACCAUUACGUGCCGAACUAACGCACAAUUACAAUGACUUCAGAAACCGCGCACACGUACCGCACAGCGUGGCAAGUGAAUGUUACGGUGCGUUGCGUAGGCAUUGACUUAAUUCUCCCAAGAGUUGGCUAAUGUCUUAAUGCGUACAAGUAUGUGCUGUAUACACGGGUGAGAAUGACUGUCGAAUCGUAAUCCCCUAGUCAGGGGAGGAUCCCGCCGUCCCGAGGGUGGGGUUAUGACUGCGCUCGUUCAGUCUCUAAAACAUGCACAAAAUGGCUUCCACAAUAACAACAACAAUAAUAAAAAUUUAA